ACGAAAAACGGGACCUUUAAAGAUUUUAUAAUUCUCUUCAUUUUGGUGCAGCCAUGCAUCAAGAAAUCAUUGUUUGUGGUUUCAAAGGAAGAGAAGUAAUAAAAAGAUAAUUUUUAAGAGAUGAUCUGAUUUCUAACUGAAUGUUGUUUAGUUAGAUGUUUAAUUUUUAUAUUCAGUAGUAAUGUUUUAAAAUGUUAGUGUUAACACUAUGUUAUCAACAUCUUGUUAAACUUUUAAUUGAGUAUCUGUAACAGUAGCGUAUAGCUGACCACUUGAGCCACACACAGAUCUCAACAUUCAGCAUGCAAACCACAACAAUGGUGACAAUACAAUUUUAUUUAAAGUAAAAUAAGUACUCUCUACAGUUCUUCUUUUAGUUAGUAGUACUCUCAUGUAAGUGAACUAUACUAACAAAGCUUUUGUCAGUACAACAUACUAUUCUUCUUUCACUUUACUUGAAGAAAAUGUGGAAACCGAUUGCACAUAGUUUUUUAAGUCUACGUAGCAUAAAAUGGCAGAUUAAAGCCAUGUUGAGAAUAAUAGUAUUUAAGAUGUUUGCAGAACACAAUAUAACACUGUUAGUUAAAUGGAAUUUCUCGUGUAAUCUUACUAUUAAAUCUUAAGUAAGAUUAGUAAAUAUUCUAGAGUAUGUUAACUAGAAUUGACAUUAAACUAACUUGAUAUUUAUUACUUAAUUUACUUGGGAAGAGUUAGAUUUCUUUACUUUUAAUAGAUUAUUAAUUUAACUUCAUUUUGCGUUGCAAAAAUAAGGCAAUCGGUUUCCAAACUUUUUUUAAGUAAACUGAACUUGUUAGAAUUUACAGUGUACAGCUCUAACAUGUUGAAUAUGUUCGAAGGUGUUGGAAUAUAUGAGAAUGUCGUCUAUAUAUACAAUGACCCAAUGGUUGAGCAUGUCCCGGAAGACAUCGGUGACGAAUGACUGGAACACAGAAGGACUGUUGGCCAAUCAGAACAGCAUAACAAGGGUUUCAAAGUGACCAGUGGCUGUGGAGAAGGCUGUCUUCCAUUCAUCACCCUCUCUGAUGCGAAUCAAGUUGUAGGCACUCUGAAGAUCCAGUUUGGUGAAAUAUUUGGCCCUUCUUAAUUGCUCGAGAGCUGCGGGUACCAAAGGCAAGUUGAUUACAGAAUGUUGUAAUAACAAAUCAUGAAAAUAAUUUUUUAUAGUAUGAUAAUCAAAAACUAAGAAGAUUGAAGAAUCUAUCUAUCUGUCUAUCUAUCUGUAUACUGGAUAUGCUUAUAUGCAUAUAACGCUUCUGAUAUCUCAAGCAGAAGAUCAGGACUGACUGGGUGUGUCUGUAGUCUGUGAAAUCGAGUCAUUUCUCUGGAGCAGCAGUUGUGUAGAGUCAUGCCUUUUUGUGGCUUCAUCUCUCCAGUCCAUGCAUAGGAUUUAGCUUAUAUUUGUGGUAAUUGGAAUUUUUGGAUUUGGUUAUUUUGGCAACUUCUUCACAGGUUUACCGUAGUCAACCGGAUCUGGGCCGUAAGGUGAGAUUGAGGACCUAUGCCUUGACACGACCACAAUGCACCCCUGAAGUAUCAGCAGAGAUUAAGUCAACUAGAUCAUCCAUUGUGAAGGCCUCAUCGACUCGACAGCCAGUGGCACAGCUCAUCAACAAACCAUCCAUACCAGCAUGAUGAAUACGAACCUCAACUAAAUUGAACCUGAAUUCCCGACCCAACCAUGGGGCAUCAGAAUGAAUGGAAUAACACGAAUAACUGCACCAUCAGUGAAUUCAAGAACACCGUCUACCCAAUUGUCUAUCUGUUCAUCUUUUCCCUUGGGCUUGUUGGCAACCUCAUGUCCCUGUUCUUCUUCAUUUCCUCUGCAUUGAGAAGAAAGGCAUCUUUUUCUCCAGUCAACAUCCUCAUGCUCAAUCUCCUUAUAUCUGAUCUGAUGAUGGUGUGCUCUUUGCCCUUCCGAGCCGCUUACUAUCUCAUGAAAUCCGACUGGGUCUUCGGAGACAUCACCUGUCGGAUCAUGUCCUACAUCUUCUAUAUCAACAUGUAUGGCAGUGUCUACUUCCUCACGGUUCUGAGCAUGGUUCGCUUCAUGGCCAUCGUGAAGCCAUUCGCAUACGUGCGCUGGCAAAAUUCUCGGAGAGCCUGGGCAAUAAGUAUCGUCAUCUGGCUGAUCGUAUCCCUGAUGUCCAUCCCGCUUCUGGCAACUGGAACUUGGGAAGAGUCUGGACAGAUCAAAUGCCUGGAACUGAACCCGUCCAAUUUGAAGAUCAUUAUCGUGUUGAAUCGAUGCGUCUUCUUUUUAGGCUUCAUUAUGCCCUUCGCGGUCAUUUCGGUCUGUUACAUUUUUGCGGCCUUCUAUUUGCUUAAGCUCAAGAAGACCAGGCAGAAUAAAAGAUCUCAGUUGAAUCACAAGAAGUCCUGUUCUCUCGUGAUCAUAGUUCUGCUGAUUUUCCUCACGUGCUUUAUGCCGUAUCACGUCGUCCGAACUCUGUUUUUGGAGGCGGAGAUGAACAUUAGAAACAAAGGUUACGGAGAGUCCUGCCAUUAUAUUCAAAGCCUGAGAAAGGCUGCGGUCAUCACACACUGUCUGGCUUCCGGAAACAGUUGCUUGGAUCCGCUGCUUUUCUUUUUCGUAGGGGAAAACUUUAUUAGCUUUUUGCGACAGAAGACAGAGUUAGGAUAAUUGAACAGAAUGUGAAAGUGUCGUAGAAGAUAAACAGUGAUACAGAGCAACGAUUCAGACGGAUAUAGAGUGCCUGGAACCUGUUGGGACUUGAGAGGGAAAUUCCUGGAAAAAAACUAUAUCUGUGUUGGAUCUGUGGUCCCAUGCUGGAAGAACUCGAUUAACCUCCAGAAAGCCACAAUAUCCAUGUUUCCAUGAACUGAGCUAAUGUGAAUAUUGCAUAAAACAUUACAAUAGCGAAUAAAGCAGUGUUUGUGUUCAAAAGAACAAAAUAGGUAAUUUACCAAAUCCUUCUGAGGACAGACUUCGUCUCUGGAAUUUCAGAAUGACUAAAACACAUUAGAUGCACAGUUGCCAACUCUUGCAAGACAAAUAAGCAACCGCAGCUUCAAAAACAAGCCCAAAACAAGCCCAAUGUUAUUAUAUUAAUUAUUAUAAUCAAUAUUAUUUAUUAUAAAUUCUUAUCAAUAAAUGAGUCUGCAACAUAUUAAACUGAAACCACUCAGAGUUUGUAAAGCAAAAACACGUUAUUUUACAAAAAUCAUCAAAUUACAACAAAGCAGGAGGGUAUGCACUAUAUCCUCCGAUCAGCUGUGAACAGAAUAGGUUUGGAGAUGGAAAAGAAAAAGUGACGUGAAGGCCAAAUAUGGUGGCCUUCAAAUAUGGAAUUUGUCACCUGCAUUUAACCCAUCCAAGUUAGUGUUAGCUAUGCUGAAAAUGUAUCGUUUAAUGUGUUAUUUGAUUUAAAUGAUGUUUAUCAUGACGCUAACUAAUUAGCAUCGUAUGCUUAGUGUGUACCAGAGUGGGAGAAGCUGUCGCCCUGUUGCUCCACUGAUUAUUUCCCCUAAUUACAGGUAUGUUAAUCAAUCAGUUCUGUUUCAAAAAGAAAAGAGAUUUAGUUGACUGAUAAUGAAUGUAUAUUGUACAGAGAGUGUGUUAUGGGAGAAAGAAUCGGAUUUAAUUGUUUAUGCUGUCUGUGACGCACGUGGUGCGGCCUGCACAUACGGUGCUGAAUAUAUCCCAUGUUUUGAUACAUAAUGUGUGAAACAUGGGUUUAUACAUACAAAUGGUAUUAUAAUUGUUACUUGUUUUAUUAUAGGAUGUUAUAUCGUAUAAAUAUUUGAAUUAAUGCAUGUUAAUAAUGUAAUAUAGAUAUUGUAUUUUAUAUAAUAUUGUAAUAUACUAAUUAUUUUAUAUUAUACACUACUGUAAUAUAUUUAUUGUAAUAGAUUAAGAAUAUUGAUCUAAUGUAUAAGAAAAACAAGAUAUUUAUAUAUUAUAAGCAGUAUAAUUUAUCUACAUUUAUAUCAUUCUUUUCCGUUAUUGUAUAAUAUCAGUCUACUUGUGUAUGGCCGAUGACGCAUGUGCUUUUCGCUUCUCCCCACAAAAUAUUCUGUGUGUACCAGAGUGGGAGAAGCUGUCGCCCCGUUGCUCCACUGAUUAUUUCCCCUAAUUACAGUGCUGAAGCUCAUCGAGUGGUCGUGUGAGAGUGACCGGUCCAGACACGCUACACUGACAAUGUUUGUAAAAAUGUGUGUGCCAUGUGUGGAUGUAGUUUUAAAGGAUUAGUUCACUUUCAAAUUAAAAUUUCCUGAUAAUUUAC